UUUGCAAUAUCUGUUGUGAGGUGUCAAAAGGGGAAACCUGCUGAAUUUGAAACUAAAAUCAAAUCUGGAGCAAUUAUUCUGAGUGGAUUGUCCUUGUUCAAAGUGGUUCCACAUCAAUUUCAUUAUACAUGUGCCUGUUUUCUUGUAGGUUAUGAGGUCACCGUUCUGGUCCGUGACCCAUCCAGACUGCAAGCCGAAUGCAAAGGGUUAAAGGUCAUCGUUGGUGACGUUCUGAACAAGGAAGAUGUCCAGAAGGCAGUCAAAGGUCAGGACGGAGUAAUCAUUAUUCUGGGAACCAGGAAUGACCUGAACCCCACCACAAUGAUGUCUGAAGGAACCAAGAACAUUGUUGAAGCGAUGAAGGCCCACUGUGUGAGGAAGGUGGUGGCCUGCAUGUCAACAUUCCUAUUAUGGGAUGAAGCCAAGAUCCCACCACGAUUGCUGGAUAUCACUAAGGAUCACCAGAGGAUGUAUGAAGUACUGAAGAAUUCUGGGCUGGACUAUGUGGCUGUAUUUCCACCUCACAUUGACGAUGCUCAUCCCUUGACUAAGGCUUACACUGUGUCAGUGAACGAAAGGGGAGGCCGUGUCAUCUCCAAACACGACCUGGGACAUUUCUUCCUCAAAUGCCUGACGACUGCGGAAUACGAUGGGAAGUUUGUGUGUGUGUCUGGAAAUUAUACGCAUUCAUGAUACAGCUUGCAAUUUGUGAUUACAUCCUUUGCUUACUAUGAUCUGCCAGUACCACUUGUAAACAAAGCUUUUCACUGUAUUUCAGUACAUGUGACAAUAAAUAAAUUGGCAGAGAA